UGCUCGAUUGGAGACGCCUGAAGCGCACGUGAAAUCUCGCCAACACACACACACACACACAGACGACAGAUGACCGUCCGUGAGCCGGGGUAGAGGUUCAUUCGCCGCCAUGAACGAUAAAUACCACCGGGCGGCUCGAGACGGGCACCUGCACCUGCUGAGAGACGCGACGCGCAAAGACCUGAACGCGCCGGAUGAGGAUGGGAUGACGCCGACGCUCUGGGCCGCGCACCACGGCAACCUGGACGCGCUCAGACUGCUGGUGGCACGAGGUGGAGAUCCAGACAAAUGUGAUAUUUGGGGAAACACUCCCCUUCACCUGGCGGCAGCUAACGGCCAUCUGAACUGUCUGUCCUUUCUGGUGUCAUUUGGCACCAACGUGUGGUGUUUGGACAAUGACUACCACACGCCACUGGACAUGGCAGCUUCUAGGGGUCACAUGGACUGUGUUCGAUAUCUGGACUCUAUCGCCGCCAAACAGAUCGCCAUCAACCCCAAGCUGGUGAGCAAAUUGAAGGACCGUGGCUUCCGUAAUGCAGAGAAACGCAUAAUGAACUGUGAAAAGCUUCAGCGCAAACAUCACGAACGCAUGGAGAAGCAUUUCUUGAGAGAGAGCGCUGCGAUGGACAUGUCGGAUACGAUGAGUUACAGCAGUUUCAGCAGCACCUUAAGCCGAAGGAUCCCUCAGUUCAACACCCUCGACUCCAACAUGACGUACUCACAGGCAACGCUUCAGUCCACAACUAGAGGCCGGACCAAGAUUCUGCGGCGUCUUGAGAAGAAGAAGCAAGGUGAUGGGACGUUCAAGAUUUCCGAAGACGGUCGAAGGAGUGUUCGCUCGAUCUCUGGUCUUCAGCUGGGUAAUGACGUCAUGUUCAUGAAGCAGGGUACAUACGUCAGCCCACGCCAGCAGUCCAAUCCUCGACUCAACAUCCGUAACAUGUUUUCUGGUGAACAGGACAUAAGGGAAGAUGAAGAUGAUGAUGAGGUAGACACUGUUUCCCACGCACUCAGUGAUCCGGGUCUAUUUGAUGCUGCAUACUCCGAAAUAAGUACGGAUUCCGGUCGGGAUUCUUUGUUCAACCGCCCAGGACUCGGUACCAUGGUAUUCCGUCGCAAUUACGUGUCUGAUGGGCUGUUUCGAAUGGGACGGAAUGAGGGUAGCGUGGUGGGGAGUGAACCAGUGGGACGAGUCCCGAACGUCCGCUUACGAGGGAGAUUGCCCCUACGGUCACCCAGUCUUGAUGACGUCAGCAUAGGCAGCUCAUUGAGCCUCCAAGAGAGGAAUUUACAGGAUUUGCCAUGGGAGGAAGGAGACCUCGGUUUGGAGGAGGAGGAUGACGAGCUACAGCCAUCAUCGGCUCCUUUGGAAGUGUUCCUGGCAUCUCAGGGACUGAGUGACUUCUUGUCCAUCUUCAAUCGAGAGCAGUUGGACCUGGAGGCGCUGCUGUUGUGCUCUGAGCAGGACCUCAUUAGCAUUCACAUCCCACUCGGACCCCGCAAAAAACUAUUGGAUGCGUGCAAGAGACGCAACAAUGUUAUCAACAGAGCUGACGGCAUGCAAGACACUAUGCUGUAAAAGAGUGUGUGUAUGUCUGUUAUUGACUCUGUUCCAAAACCUAGUGUACUCCCUUGCUCACUGCAUAGGCGGCUGCUUUUUAAGGCAGCAUCUCAGCUAAACUGUAUCCUAACAGGCUGCAACUUAACACGGUACACAAAUAGUGCUUCUCACGCAAAGUGCAUGGGAGACUUGACUCCCAGCUGAUACAUGAUACCCAAAGGAAAGGUAAAUCAAUUUUAAUUAGAGUAUUUUUAUCAGUACUACUUUAUAACCAGCAUUUCUCUCAACUUGUCCACCAUUUUGGAUGUAUUAUUUCUCUGAGCUCGUUGCAUUCUAGGAUUUCUUUCUCUGCAAAUUAUACACGUGAUGCUGUCUGAGAAUCUGGCCAAAGCAAUGUAUUUCAGGAGGCGGUAUAAUAAUGCUAAGAUAAUUACACUGCCUACUUUUUUGAACCACUUCUCGGCAGGAGAUAGUAUGAGGUCUCAAUUGACCCUGUUCAUGAAAUGUGCAUCCCCAGUCUUAAGGUGCAUUUACAUCAUUUCACAGGCAUCUUAUGGUCAUAUUAUUCCAAAUAAAAAAUGUGUUUGGCUUAGUAUUUCUAAGCAAAAUACAUUAACUUGCUCUUCCUCUCAAAUUACUUUGUU